AAUGUAGAUUGAAGUUACAUUUUUUUUCUAGUUGUUUUUAGUGAGAGCCAGGGAUAUUAUGAUCACUUUUCGAAAGACUGACAGUAAAACUAAGUCAAAGAGACUUGAAAAAGUCCAUCAUUUAGAAGACGGUGUUACUUAUAUGAACCUGUUACUGUAAAUACUAUCACGCGACAGACAAAUUAUCUUAGAAUUAUACAGUUUACAAAAAUAAUGCGUCGAAAAAUGGUUCCUUCCUUAUUUUUGCUCUUCUUUUUGAUGAUUUGGGGAGAAUGUAUGACAAAGGAGGAGAUAGAAAAUUAUAGGUUAAAGACAAAAUCUAUGUUUUAUCAUGGAUAUGACAGUUAUCUCAGACACGCUUAUCCUUAUGAUGAAUUAAAGCCUUUGUCCUGUAGUGGCCAGGACACAUGGGGAAGCUACUCUUUAACCUUGAUAGAUGCCCUGGACACACUGCUAGUUCUUGGAAACACAUCAGAGUUCCAGAGGAUCACAAAUCUGCUGGAACAAACUUUAGAUUUUGAUAUGGAUAUUAAUGUUUCUGUGUUUGAAACAAACAUAAGAGUUGUUGGAGGUCUUCUGUCCGCUCACUUACUUGCACCAAGGGCUGGAGUAACUGUAGAGGAAGGGUGGCCAUGCCAAGGCCCUCUGUUGAGACUUGCAGUAGAUGCAGCUGAGAGGCUGCUGCCGGCUUUUAACACUCCAACUGGAAUGCCAUAUGGUACUGUGAAUCUUCGUUAUGGAGUCCCUCCAUCUGAGACACCAAUCACCUGUACUGCAGGGUGUGGCACUUUCAUUGUAGAGUUUGGAACAAUCAGCGCCUUGACAGGUGAUCAAAGAUUCAGGGAUGCUGCUAUGAAAGCUUUAGAAGGUCUUUGGAAAAGCAGAUCAAAGCUUGGACUGGUGGGUAACCAUAUUGAUGUAUUGAGUGGAAAAUGGACAGCACAGGAUGCAGGCAUUGGAGCUGGUGUUGACUCUUACUUUGAGUAUCUCCUUAAAGGGGGUAUUUUGUUUAGUUUGCCGAUAUUGGUAGACAUGUUUAAAGAAUUGUAUGGCAAAGUUCAGCAGCACUUGAAGAUUAGUGAUUGGUAUGUGUGGGUCCAUAUGGAUAAGGGUCAGAUUACAAUGCCAAUCUUUCAGUCUCUUGAUGCCUAUUGGCCAGGACUCCAGACAUUAUGGGGUGAUAUUGGACCAGCAUCAAGAACUCUUCAAAAGUACCACAGUGUCUGGCGGCAUUUUGGAUUCAUCCCUGAGUUUUAUCAGAUAGCAUCUGGAGAGCCUUACUCUGGAAGAGCUGGAUAUCCCUUGAGACCAGAGCUGAUUGAGAGUGCCAUGUACUUAUAUCGUGCAACAGAGGAUCCAUAUUUUCUUGAAGUAGGGAGGGAUAUGCUGGAAUCAAUAGAGAGUAGUGCUAGGACACCAUGUGGAUAUGCUACAAUAAAAGAUGUUAAAACGCAUGAGCAAGAGGAUAGAAUGGAGUCUUUUUUCUUAGCAGAAACAACCAAGUAUUUGUAUCUUUUAUUUGAUGAGCACAAUUUCAUUCACCAGAGCAAUGGCUCUGUGGAUCAACAAAUCAAAGCAACGCAAUCACCUUCAUGCAAUCCUGGCUCUGCAGGUUACAUAUUCAACACAGAAGCUCAUCCAAUUGAUAUUGGAGCAAUUCAUUGUUGCUCACCUUCAAGAAUGACAUAUAUACCUGAAGAGUUAUUUAGAACUAGAGAUAUGUUACUAGAAAACUCCCAAGAAUUGAAUUAUGAAAGUAAUGAGGAUUUGAAUGAUGAAGAAGAUGUGGAGAAGACUUUCACCGGUGCUUACACUUGCAAGGAAAGGCCUUUCCACAAGAGAUUCUCAGUGUUAGGUGCAUUCUUUGAAGGAAGUGAAGAGGCACCUUAGUACACACUUGGGUUAGUCUCCUUCGCAGAUUUUUUUGGAAUGUCAUGUAACACUCUGGGAGCCAUGCUUGACUUCUUAAAGAAUGGCUGGGAAGAAGAAUUUACGUAGAUUGGCAACACAGCAUAAAGAAAAUAAUAUAAAUAUUUAUUCAGUUGAAAAUUAAAGUUCUAAAAUAUCUAUUUUUCUAACAUGGUGUAGCAUUAAAAUUUUGCAGCUUUAGUAUUUACAGAUUUGAGGGUUUUUCUGGACCCAGCUGGAAAAAAGGUCCCUUAUCAGUCUUUUCUUUAACAGCCAAUUAAAAAAGCUAAGGAAAUCAGAAUGGGCAUGGGGUAAGUGCAAGGCUCCUGCUCCAUUCUCUUUAUGUGACAGUCGGGUUGGGUACUAAGGUAUUGCCCUUUUAUGUUAUAAAAAUCAGUAAAAUGACAUGAUAUAGAGAGUAUCCAGCAGGAAUUGAAAGUUGAAAAUUUCUGUUUCCUCAGUCUGUUGUUAAAAUACUGUUGCUCAAUGAGAAAAUCAUAAACA